AUGAACGGCCUCUUCAGCAGAGAUGUCCCGGUGAAGAGCAUGGAGCAGAUGUUAAAACAUGCUGAGAAGUACCUCGGUGAGAUUUGCACCCUGCUGGCCUCUUAUACUAGGAAGACAGCCAAGCUCAGAGACAAGGCGGACCUGCUGGUGGCUCAGCUCUUGGACUUCUCCAGCACAGAGGACCCUGAGCUGCAGAUCGGCCUGAAAAACCUGGCUGAAGACCUGGCCAUGGUGCAGGACUACAGACAGGCUCAGGUCGAGAGACUGGAGACAAGGAUUGUUGCUCCUCUAAAAGCCUAUGGAGACAUAGUCAAAAAUAAAAAGGCAGAUCUGAAGAAGUUCAACACUGAUCUUAACAGAGACAUGAAGGAGUUGCAGAAACUGGAGAAAAUCCGACUGAGGAACCCCGCAGAUCGACAAAGCAUUUCUCAGGCAGAAGUAAAUGCUCAGAAGGCUUCCAACAAUGCCCAGCGCAGUGUAAAGCAACUGGAGGAGACCAUCACAGACUUCCAGAGACAGAAGCUGGAAGAUAUCAAAAGGAUUUUUACAGACUUUAUCACCGUGGAGAUGCUCUUCCAUGCUAAAGCCCUGGAGGUCUAUACACACACAUACCACAACCUGGAGGCAAUGGACACUCAAAAGGAUCUGGAGCUGUUCAAUGGACGGAUCAAGAUGUCGGACUCUCUGGCUGGGCGCCUGGACACCCCACUGAGCAGCUACUCUUCUCCCCUCAUGAACCGCUAUCCCAUUCCUCCUGUGGCCUCCCCAAAAAGCCAAAGCCUCUGGUCAACGUUGGCCUCGACCACAGGUCAAAACCACAGACAACAACACAGUCUGUACCCAGCCACAGCCAGGAAGUCUCGCAGCACCUUACAACGCCAGAGAGGCAUAGAUGAGGAGGAAGAGCUGGAGGGUGAAGAAGAGGAAGAUGAAGAGGAAGAGGAAGAGGAGGAGGAGGAGAUGUAUGAAUCAGAGAAAGAGGAGGUUCAGCACACCAGCAGACAGUCUUAUGCUGCUCAAUAUGCUAAGAUGCGCAGAUGGCAAAAGUAA